AUGGACAUGGUCAAUAUUGACUUCUCAAACGGAUUGCGGAAACAUUUUUCUUUCUAAUUCAGUAAUUAGUGAACUCGGGGAAUAAACAUGGCGUCAAUGGUUAAGCAGUGUGAUUCCAUUGUGAGGAAAAUCCAAUGCAUACAGCAUCCUCUAAAGAUUGUAUCUCGUCGAUUGGGUCUGGGCGCAAAUAAUGAUCCAGAUUUGAGCAGAGAUUUUUUUGUCCAGCUAUGGGUUGCAGAUAGAAAGAACUCAAAGAAGCAUAAGGCUGGCGCAAAAUAUAGACCAAAAAGUCAUGGCGUCCUGAACCAUGGCGAAUCAGGAUCUUGUAGUCAUGUCUCUGUUCGGGGGUCAUCUGUAAGGCGUCUCUCAGGGGUUUAUGCAGAAGAGAAAUCUUCCUUCGAUGAUAUAAAACCCAAUCUGAGACAACCGCCGCCGAGCCAAUCUGUGGCGGAUGUUCUGCAACCUUCAUCACCUGAAGAGUCCAUGGUUGCUCAUCUUCUCGCUAGAUCCAACUUGCUGAUUACUAGAGACAUAGAAUGGGCGAAUCUUGUUCUUGGCUUUGAGCAAGAAAACAGAUAUGCUAUUGUAGAUGUGUGCUACCCAGAAUCGGUAUGUACAUACUUGCUGCAUCCAUCCCCAGAUUUUCUUCUCACCUUCCUUUUGCUCCUGCAGGUUUUAUCCGCGAAAAAAGUAGUGUCAUUGCAAGACAGAAAUACAAAAGAGGAAAAAUAUAGAGGAGUGCGAAAGGAAGCAAAAAGAGGAGCCCAAGGAGAAUAAAAAGAGGAAGAAGAAGAUUACCUGGUUUUAACAGAGAAAUUGCAGAAGCAAAGUGUGAGGUCGCCGGAAAAACUGCAAAAGAGUGGUGUGCAGCUAUGUUUGUGGCGUUGACGAGCAAGCAACUGCUGUUGCUGGAAAUCAUAGGUUGUGGAUGACAGAGAAAUCAUAUAUGGCAUCACUGGGAAGCUAGGCGGCUGGAAAUCGCAUCCGGGGAAGAUGGAAACCACAAACGAUUUUGGGGGUUUAAUUAUAUGAAGGUUGCUUCGCCUCAGACGCCCUUUUGUGGCUAAUAUAACUGAUGGUCUGGGUAAUGAGCUUUUUAGGGUACGAAGACCUUUUUGGUGGAUCACUAGCUCUAUUUAUGCUGAGAUCAAUGGAAAAGAAAUAGGUGUAGUCCACAGAAGAUGGCAUCUCUGGAGGAGAAUAUAUGACCUGUAUUUGGGGAAUGAUCAGUUUGCCGUGGUUGAGAAUCCUGGCUUUUGGAACUGGACUUUUACAUUAAAGGACAUUGAUGGGAAUGUGCUGGCUCAGAUAGAUCGUGACUGGAGAGGAUUUGGUUUUGAGGCAACUACAUGAAGGCCAAUAGAAAAGAACAUCAAAUGUUAUGAGGAAACAUUUGCGUUAGAAGUCUAAGAUUAUGUUUGGAUACAGAUUUUCACAGAUGCUGGCCAGUAUGUGAUCCAAUUCGGCAAAACUGAUUCCAGUAAUGCUUCAGUUGGAGGGAUUCAAGAGUUAGACGUUGUUCGUCCACUAACCCUCUCAGAGCGAGCAGUAGCUGUUGCGCUUGCUGUAUCACUAGAUAAUGAUUACUUCUCAAGACAUGGAGGCUGGGGGAUUCCGUUUGUCGAAGUGGGCGAAUAACCUGUCUGUGUUCUGACUUUGCUUGCAACCCAUCUCCUGAAGUAAAACAUUGCAGUGGGAAAAAACAUAGGUGUGUGUCCGAGAUACUUUUUGUACAGGGAUAGAAGCAAAUGAUAAAUUCUUCUUGGUUGGCAACUUUAUUAACUCCUGCAAAUGAGAAAUUCUUCUGAUUGAUUGCAUUGAUUAUUGACUAGUAUUACACCAGAAGUCAUCAUUGAUCUAAAUGUCAAACCUCAAUGUUGUCCACAUGAGGUGCAAAUUUGUGAAUUUAUGAUUGUUACCAGUAUCAUGCGCGGGGAGAAUUCCAUGAUGUUUAAUAUGCAUCAAAUCAUGUCUCGCCUCAAAUAAAUGUCACUCAACUUUGUUCAGUCUCGGUGGCAUCACACCUUGGGCCAUCCAUCUCGUCAAAUUUUUCAUUCCUUAUUACGUCAAACUAAUAAUGUAAUUCAUGCAAUUCUGUCAGUGAUUAUGUCGUGCUCUAUUAAUAAAAGCACUAAACUUCCAUUUUUCACCAAUUCAAUGAAUGUAGAUAAUCC